UCACUUGGUUCAACCGAUCUUCGGCCGUCAGCUCCCCGUUCACCUCGAUCUCGCUUCGGGUUACAUCUUGCCAGACAGAAUGUCGGAUGGUCCGACUUCCAUGUCCAUCCCCGUCGAAGGGGAUGGGGCUGUUGGCAGCGUAUGGAGGCGGCAACCCAAGAGGCCCGUUGCGUCCAUAUUCGUCCAUGCCGGGGCAGGCUACCACAGCGUCGUAAACGAGAGGGUGCAUCUCAAAGCCUGCACUGACGCCGCUCGUGUCGGUAUGAGCUUUCUCAGGGCGGGCGCCACCGCUACACAAGCCGUAGAGGCCGCCAUCCGAUGUCUCGAGGACAAGGAAAUCACAAACGCUGGGUUCGGAAGCAACCUGAACAUCGACGGUGUGGUCGAGUGCGAUGCCACGAUUGUCGACCACUUGGGCAGAAGCGGCGCUUGUGGCGCCGUGCCUGGAGUCAAAAAUCCCAUCUCUUUGGCCAAAAAGAUCCUGGACACGAGCAGCCGGCCGCUGUCUCUUCGCCGAGUCCCGCCCAACAUUCUCGUGGGCGAAGGCGCCAGGGAGUUUGCCGAAGAACAGGGCAUACAGACUAUUCGGAACGAGUUCCUUGUCUCGAGGAACGCAAAGGACCGGUUCCUCCGCUGGAGCGAGGACUUGCGCAGGGCUGAGGCGCGAGAUAAGUCACGCAACGCCUUCUCCAGUCAAUACUGGGGUGGCCGAAAGAUGCUGUCGCCAGCCGAUUAUGAGGAAGCUGCCAGUGCUCGCAUCAACCACCAACUUCGAGACCAUGCGAGUGCCGUCUUGAUGGGCACAUGGAACGAAGGUCAGCCCGACUCGCCCGAUUCCAGGCACUCCCCUGUGCCCGAGAACGGAUGGUCCGCAGAUUCAACCGCUCCAGCCUCGACUUACCCUGCUUCCUACGGAGCCCCCAUGGCAACCUCGGAUCCUCCGAGGACUCCCAAUCGUCAAUACCAAAAUGUCAGAAACUUCUCAGUCCAGCUAGGCGAGAGCUUGUCAACGCCGAUGCGGUCGGUGGAAUGCCAAAACCUAGGGGGGGAGUCGCCGUAUCUCGUGCACGACCAUCCGUCACCUGCUUCAGCGCACGAUGGAGCAAUGGGUUGCGAUGAUGACGAGGUGAAUAUGGUCGAUGAUUUCGACUACUACGGAGCUUCUGAGUUCGACGCUUCGAGCGACAAGGACGCUGUCAGGGAUUCUGGAACAGACGACGCUGCGCCUCAGCAUGUUCCAAACGCUGAGGACGCAGAUAGGGUGACAGAUACUGUUGGUGCUAUCGCCAUUGAUCUGCAGGGAAACAUCGCCGCAGGCUCGUCGUCGGGGGGGAUCGGCAUGAAACACCGGGGCCGCACCGGCCCCGCCGCGCUAGUUGGCGUCGGCACCGCCGUCGUUCCCCAAGACCCCGACGAUGACCUGGGCACCUCCGUGGCCGCUGUCACCAGCGGCACCGGCGAGCACAUGGCCACAUGCUCCGCCUCGCUGAAGUGCGCAGAGCGCCUGUUCCAGGGCACGCGCCGCGGGCCCGGCGGCCGGGACAUCGCCGAGGACGACGAGCACGCCAUCCUCGAGUCGUUCAUCGUCGACGACUUCAUGGGCCACCCGGGCGUGCGCGAUCAGCCCUCGGCCGGCGCGAUCGGCGUCAUGGCCGUCAAGAAGGACCGUACGGGGGUCUACUUCUACUUUGCCCACAACACUGACUCGUUCGCGCUCGCCUCCAUGGCCUCCAACGAGCGCGAGCCGCUCUGCGUCAUGUCGCGCCUCGGAAAGACCGGGAACGUGGCACAGGGCGGCCGCAGGGUGCGUGUCGAGUAAAGCAGAGCCAGGCGUCAUGGCCAUUGCUCUAGCUCUGACCUGAAAUAAGACCUAAGAGGAGGGAAACGAGGGGUUACGCACUAAGCAAGGCGGGGCCUGGCUGGACCAUCACACUUUGUCGAGUUAGAGGGAUACCUAAG